CCUCCGUGGCUGGCGGACAAAGCCGCGGAGGUUGAUGCUGAUGCUGAUGCUGAUGCUGAUGCUGCUGCAACAGCUCUGGAGGCGAUGCGGAGAGGAGAGGAGAGGAGAGCAGCACACAGACUACUACUGCACCCCCCGACCAGCAGCCUCUGACUGGCACAGAGAGAAGGAGAGAAAGAGAGAGAGGGAGUAGAAACAGCCCAUGGUGGAGAAUCCAGGGAGGAGGAGGAGGAGGUGAGACAGACGACGAGCGUUGGGAUUAGGUGAUUGUCCAGUCCGGGUCCAGACCUAAAGCUCGGAAGUGAUGGAUCCGCAUUCAGAUCUUGGAAACAAAGUGAACAGAAUUCCAGUCAUGGCGAGGCUCCUGCUCUCCCUCCUGCUCCUGCACGGAUGCCAACACGGUCUGGGCCAGUCUUCCCCGGAGACUCAGAAGGAGGCGGCUCCCAACGACAACAGCACGCUCUUCACCCGGAUCCUGGACGGGCUGCUGGACGGAUACGACAACCGGCUGCGGCCCGGGCUCGGAGAGAACGUCACGGAGAUCAAGACAAACAUUUUCGUCACCAGCUUUGGCCCUGUUUCCGACACGGAGAUGGAAUACACCAUAGAUGUGUUUUUCCGCCAGAGCUGGAAAGAUGAGCGUCUGUGCUUCAAAGGGCCCAUGGAGAUGCUGCCGUUGAACAACCUGCUGGCCAGCAACAUCUGGACCCCAGACACCUUCUUCCUUAAUGGAAAGAAGUCCAUUGCUCACAACAUGACCACGCCCAACAAGCUGCUGAGGCUGAAGGACGACGGCACUCUGCUUUACACCAUGAGACUGACCAUCUCAGCGGAGUGCCCCAUGCAGUUGGAGGACUUCCCCAUGGACGCUCACGCCUGUCCGCUCAAGUUUGGCAGCUAUGCCUAUCCGGUGUCGGAGGUGGUCUACACUUGGACUCAGGGAGCUGCCAAGUCUGUAGUGGUGGCAGAAGACGGCUCCAGGCUCAACCAGUACCAUCUGAUCGGGCUCACUGCUGGCACCGAGGACAUCCACACAAGCAGAGGAGAGUACACGGUGAUGAUGGCCCACUUCUACCUGAAGAGGAAGAUUGGAUAUUUUGUCAUCCAGACAUACAUGCCGUGUUUCAUGACCGUAAUCCUGUCCCAAGUGUCUUUUUGGCUGAACAGAGAGUCGGUUCCUGCGAGGACCGUCUUCGGGGUGACCACGGUGCUGACCAUGACCACGCUCAGCAUCAGUGCCAGGAACUCGCUCCCCAAAGUGGCCUACGCGACGGCCAUGGACUGGUUCAUCGCCGUCUGCUACGCUUUCGUCUUUUCUGCACUCAUUGAGUUCGCAACGGUGAACUAUUUCACCAAGAGGAGCUGGGCCUGGGAUGGCAAGAAAGCUCUGGAGGCGCAGCACCCUAAGAAACGAGACCCCAUGGUGCUGUCCAAGAAGCCCAACAACGUCUGCUCGGCGGGCGUCAACUACACCCCCAACCUCACCAAGGACGUGUCCAUCUCCACCAUCUCCAACAUCUCCAACACCACGUCGGUGCAGCUGCGAGCCUCCGAGAGCAAAAUGGUGGACCCCAAAAAGACCUACAACAGCGUGAGCAAGAUCGACAAGAUGUCGCGGAUAGUGUUCCCCGUCCUCUUCGGAACCUUCAACCUCGUGUACUGGGCCACAUACCUGAACAGAGAACCGGUGGUGAAAGGAGUUGUCGCGUCAACAUAAUCCCUCUUUUCUUUUUCUGGGACAGUUUGCGUACGAGAGGAAGGACUUUUAAGGCCGCUCGCAGAGAGUGGGCGUACUGAAGGGAAAAAAAGUAUUGUAAGGUCUCUGCUUAAAAAAGAAAAAAAUGUAAAAACAAAUAUCUGCGCUUGAAGAACAACAACUAUACUCAGCUUUUUAAUUCCAGCACUUUGAAUGGACGCAAGGCUGCAACAGAAUCCCUUUUCCCAUUUUUCAUGGCCUAAAAACAAAAAGAAAAGAGAGAAAAAAAGCAACAUGAUGAUGAAGAAAACUGCUUCAAAGACCUUUUAGCAGGAGAGAGAGAGGGUGCAUUGCUUCUUUCUCUUCUAUCUUGCUGCAGUUUGCAUGACGUUCUCUUUUACAGGAAACCAUGAACUCGUCUUUGUCUGGAAUACUGAUCAUGUAUCUGUCGGUCUUUUCUUCAAGCACACAGGCACACUUCAUCUUGGUCGGAAUUUGAAAAGGUAUCUUAUUUCGUACAACGUGGAGGAAACAUGUUGAGAUGAAUGCUGAAAAUGUAUUAAUGAUUACGUUUUUUGUGCUUUGUUGAGAAAAAAAAAAUCACAUUUUCUCUUCGAACUGCAAUUAGUUCUGAUACAGCCUUACUUAUGAUUAAAAGCCCUCUGCAGAUGGUGUCCCAAAAACACUCACAGGAAGAGUCUUGAAGAAAAUGAUUUAUGAAAAAGCAUAGAAUCCUAUCUGAAGAUCCUGAAUGUUUAAACAAACAAAGUCAAAAGUCAAGAUUUGGUGCAUUAUGAAAAAAAAAUUGUAGAAAAUCUUCUUUGACCGACUUAUGCAGCCUGACUAAUGUUGGUACAAAUUUAGGAUUGGAUAUACAGUACUGUGUGUGAUUUUACAGGAUUUUGAACCUGGGUCACUUAGCUGUGAAACUAAUAUACCCAGUUGAGGGAUCGGCACUGGAACUGAUGUGUGUCACAUACAAAUCAGCAUUGAUGUGGAGAGUGUGGAAAGUGUUGUUCAGUGAAGUGACCAGAGUUUGAAAUGCCAUUUAGGCAAGUGACCAGCCUGCUAAUAUGUCUUCUGGCAGAACAGCGCAACAAUUCCAGCCCCAGGAAUCAGUUUUACAAAGACAAUUUGACUAAAUACAACAGCUCUAAAUAAUGGCCAAACUUUAAACUGCCGUCUCCAUUGAGCCUUUGCAUAAGGCUAUGUACACACGUAGCUGGGUAUUUUUAAAACCGAAUAUUUCCCCCCCUCCAUUUAUAAAAUAAUUUGUGUCCACAUUACAUCGUUUAAAAAAAAAAACCUUCCACACAUAACCGAAGAUCUGCGUUUUCGACCACAUUCAUAAGCAUUCCAAACCUGUAGAUCAUCUGGUCUUCCAGCCUUGGGGCCGGCCUCCGCGGCGCAGCUUCCCCUGGAGAAGCGUCUCCUUUUCGGUAACGAGUCCGAGUCCCCCUCGUGGCCCACCACGGAGCUGCUGCGUUAAAUUGACGCAGCCCUACGCCGUAGGGUACGGCGUAGGGCUGCGCGUCGCCGCGUACCCUACGGCGUAGGCUCUGCGUCGGUGUAACGCAGUAAACGGUGGUCAAGAGCAGAGAUCAUUUAUUUAAUAAAU